UGAAAAGUAAAAUCACUAAACAGAGAGUUCAUACUCUUUUAGCUCAAAUCAGGACAACAAAGAAAAAUGGAAGUAGUGAAAUACACAGUGUUUAAACUUGGUUCACAGCAGUCUCCUGAGUGGGUAUCAUACUAGCUUCUUCCUUAAAUAUCACUUCUUUCAUACUUCAAAUGGUUUUUUUGGGCAGGGACAAGGCAUGCAUUCAUGGUCAAAUGACAGCACAUUGACAUUAUCUUCCUAAAGCCCUGGUGGUGCAUAGCCUUUAAGUUGCUGAAGAAACACUACUUACAUGGCAUUGUUCUCCAUUCAGGAACUGUCAUCCAUCACUAUGAAAAACAACAUCCUGUGAGUUUGUUUCAAGCUUUCUGCCUCAUCACCUGCUUUAGAUACACUGUACUCUGAGCAUUCUCAGGGAGACAUGGCCUUCCGCAGCUGGAAGUGGCUCCUUCUCUUGGGCAGACAGAACACCUUUGCCAAGGCUUGGAGGAGCAGGAGGGGAGGCCCUUCUCUGCGCUGGAAGCGCUGCUGCCAUUGGGGCAUUGGCAAGUCUCUGGACCCUGAGGUGAGAGCAUUUUUGGAGGAGAACACAGAGGUCACCAGCAGUGGGCACCUCACGCCAGAGAUACGACUGCGCCUCCUCACUCCUCGCUGCAGGUUCUGGAGGGAAAAACCUGAUCUGUGGCCUUAUGGGGAUCCAUUCUGGGCAAUUUACUGGCCAGGAGGCCAAGCCCUCUCCAGGUAUAUUUUAGAUAAUCCAUGUGUUGUUAAAGGACGAUCGGUUCUGGAUCUUGGAAGUGGAUGUGGAGCAACAGCAAUAGCUGCUGUGAUGAGUGGGGCAUCACAAGUCCUUGCUAAUGACAUUGACCCCAUUGCAGGAAUGGCAAUGAUCUUGAACUGUGAACUGAACCACCUGACUCCCUUCCCCAUCACCAUUAAGAACAUCAUUAAUUCAGAAGCUGGCAACUGGGACCUCAUUGUUCUAGGAGACAUGUUUUAUGAUGAACAGCUUGCUGAUGGUCUGCAUCACUGGCUGAGGAAAUGCAUCAGGAUACAGCAAACUGAAGUGCUGAUUGGUGACCCUGGCAGGCAUCAGUUUUUAAGCCACAGCAUUCGCAGCCAAUUGCACAAAGUUAUAGAAUAUUCCCUUCCUGAGUACACUAGACAAGAAAACAAUGGAUUAACAUCAAGUGUUGUCUGGAGUUACCAGCCCUCAAAUAGCUCAGAAAGCUGUUGAAGCUGACUUUCUAAUGAACUUUGCUCACUUUGCUGUCUUUCUUUUCUAAGUGUGUAAAAUGAAAAUGAGAAUUAAACAUGGAGCUUACCUGUUGGUGUAAAGUAAUUACUGUACCUUCAUUGUACUAAUUUCAGUCAUUUGAGGUAAAAGCCGCAUCUAAAUCGUAUUCAAAGCAGCCUGCACUGAACUGCAAAUCUAAAGACAAGUUACAUGUCAGAGUUUGCAUGCUUGGUGUUUUUCAUGUAUAUUCAUGUCUUGCUCCCUGACACUAUUGUGAAAUGCUUUGGAUGUCCAGCACACUGCUCUGGGGACAAGGUGGUGGCUGAAAGAUUACUGUACAGCUUUCACAGUCUGUUGCAGCUUAUUUAUGGAGAAAAUUACUGUUGUCCUUCAUGAAGCUCUUAGCUGGGUUAUUAGCUCAUAGUUCAACUUCAAGUGCCUUGCUCUUUUUCUGGAUCUCUCUUCUGAAUGUCAAAGUAACUAAUUUGACUCUCCCCCUUUCCCUCUAUAAUAAAACUUUACCCUUCCUUGAAGCUACCAGAGUGAUUACUUAAGAGUUGCACACAAAUCUAAAAUAUGUUUCUUGAAUUCUAGCCAAAGUGAAAAUUUUUAGUAAGUGGAAAGUGAUUAAGUAUUAAGAGCUAUAGGAUAACUUUAUAA